UAUGAACGUGAAGAACACUAAAAACCUGCUAAAUUUUGAACUUAUUUUUUUUCUCAUAAAAUGUCUUUUUCGAGACCAAAGAGUCAAGAAUAUUUAAAAACUGGAUUUAUAUGGAAAUAAGCCGUUAGAAUAAAAACCUGAAUGUUUAGUAUUAUUCACUUCUUUUGUAGAUGCCACAUAAGCGAGUAUUUGUAAAGUUAAUAAAAAUAUGAUAUAUUAGAUAUAGGCGCAAUUUAGCGCUUAAAAAAUUUGAAUACUUUCUUUCGACAUAUCCUGCGUAACAACUUUGAAUUUUCACAUCGAAAGUGAAAAUGCAAUAAAGAUAAUUUGAGCAUUUCUUUACGAGUUAAUCCCAGCAGAAAUUGCUCCUCUUUUUCUCUUUCACUUUUUAUAUUACAAUAUACGAUUAUAAAUGAAUAUAUACAUAUAAUAUUGCCUAGAGGAAAAGUGUAUAUAUAUAUAGGUUAUACAUAAGUUCGUUUCACUUCUUUAACGGAAUACGGAAUGCAAAUACUAUAUUUGACGUUUUUUUUGAAAUUUUCUUUUACAAUUUUGAUGAGGAGCAGGUGUGUCAUUCGAUUUAAUAAAUUAUCUACACAUGCAUUCACAUACGAGAGAGAAAUCUGCAGUUCAUCUCUUCCUUGAUAAUAAAGUCACUUUUUAGAUAUUAAGUAUAUAAGAAAUAAGAAUGAAAAAUUAAUCAUUGCUGAUGUCACUAUAUUCAUUGCUGAAGAAUCUAAUAAAGUAUUUUCUAAAAAAAAGUUUCAUUAGUUUACUUGUUCUUUUUCAGGCGCAUAAUUUUAAGCAUAUAGUGAAUAUUGAUCUCUAUUGAAUUGGAUAUUAAUUAUAAUUAACAGCCUAUGAAUCUAUGAUUGACGUUAGUCUAUAAUCAAGAAUCAAGAUGUGUUGCUUGAUUUUAUCGAUGCGAGAAUCAAACAGGCGCGUCCCUCGGAGCGAAUAUAUGUGAAGAAUCUGAAAAUCUAUUUCGAAACCUAUAGACGGGUUCACUUUCCCCAUUAAAUGCCCAUCACAUUAUAAAUUUUAUGUAGGUAAAAAUAGAAUGCAUAAAAAACUAAUUAAAAAGUUGGGCUUCUAGCUUUUUUAAAUGUUAGUGUUUUUUUUAAUAUAAGAUAUAUUUUAGAAUAAUUCAGUGGUUUUUUUUUUUUUUUAAUAAUAAUAGGUAAUUUACCUGUUUUUUGGGGCAAAUGUUUAACGUUCUUUAAGAAGAGGGUCAGUAAAACUGUCGAUUUAAAAAAAAGAAGAAAAAAAAGUUAUUAAGGAUAAAUGACAGAUUUACAAUAACAAUUUUACGUAUGCCCUUUUUGAAGCAUUAUUUCCCGCUUUCUAGUUCGGUUUACAACGAAAUGAAAAUGAAUUUGAAGAAUUCGAAAAAUUUGUAAUCUCUGAAAAAUAGGGUCUAUUCAUAUUGGGCAUCUGUAUUAUCCCUUCUACGAAGAAACUAUCAUCAAAUACGAUCACUUUCAUUGCUCUUGUAAGAUCGAUCGUCCGGCACAGAGCAAUCAUUCGCGAGAAUCGCCACGGAGCGGUGGACGUUCUUUCUUUUCUCUGUUCAGAAUCGCAGACAUUCAGUCGCAAUGUUCACUGCAUAUUCGCCGUUUAUUUAGUGAAAGUGUUGUUUGUUGUUUGUUAAAAAUGUAUUUUUUAUUUUAUCCUUGUUUAACGAAUUAUAAAUUUCCACGGUUACAUUAAAAUUUAACAAUUUAAAAUUUAUAACUCUUGAUGUCAUAUUGAUUUCAAAUUAACGAAUUUGUUUUUCGGUUUCAAUGAAAUUGUAUGAUAUUCCAAAAAGUAUGAUAUUUAAGGUUGUAGAGUUAAAUUUAUAUUGUAGAAAAUUAGUGGAUUUCUAUUUUGGUAGAUAAUUAGGAAAAAUAAAAUCACGUGAUAUAAUUGCUCUUCGUCUGAUUGAGUGCAAAUAAAAUCGAAAUUAUCGGAAUUUUCGUCAUUUACCUUAAAAAACAGUUGAUUGAGUGAUCCAUUGUGAAUUGAAAGUUAUUUAUGAUAAAUGAAAGAAACAUGUACGACAACCCUUAAAAAUAGGUUGGCGCCGCACUUCGUUCUGCAAUGAAUCUUCGAGCGGAGGCUCUUGCAGUCGUUCUUUUUACUUUGUUAGGGGUUAAUUUUGCCAUGAUGAAGACCUUCAGGGACGAUAAUGCGAAAUGCGGCUGCCCAGCGAUAACAUUAAGAACGCCGAGAUCAACUUCAGGACGUCAACCGACGACAGGUCGAAUUUUCAAUGGAAAGCCGAGUAAGAAAGGAUCAUGGCCAUGGCAAGUGUCCUUGCAACUCCUCCAUCCGAAAAUGGGUUUCAUUGGUCACUGGUGUGGUGGAGUUUUAAUUGACCAAAUGUGGAUUCUCACAGCGGCUCACUGUAUUUCCAACGAACUCUUCAACCUUCCGAUUGGAGCUCUAUGGACGGCGGUAGUUGGCGAGUGGGAACUGGACGGUGGUGGACGAGGAUCUGCUCGAUUACCCAUUGAACGAGUCAUUCUUCACGAGCGAUUUAACAAUUAUGUUCACGAUAUCGCCCUAAUGAAACUAGGAAGACCGGCUCCACUUUCAAAAGUCGUGCGGACAAUUUGCCUCCCAGAGACGGACGCUAAUGUUUCUGGAGCUCAUUGUGUGGCGUCAGGUUGGGGACGAUAUGGGCCAUCUCCCUCACUUUCGAAUGCUCUUUUAGAAGCCACCGUUCCUUUAUUGGAGCCGCAAGACUGUUCCGAAGCGUACGGUCAGUCGGUGCUCUUCAGAGAUGGACACUUGUGUGCCGGUCAUACGGAUGGUUCGUCCGGAAGUUGCGUGGGAGACUCUGGAGGUCCUUUGCAAUGUCGAGGUUCGGAUGGAGCUUGGCAAUUGGUCGGUGUCACAUCUUUUGGCUCCGGAUGUGCGAGGCCAGGUUUUCCCGAUGUUUACACAAAAAUACAGUAUUACCUCUCUUGGAUAAAAGAUACCAUCCACAAUGAUGUGGACAGUUAAAAUCUAUAUCAAAAAUAGAAUAAGUUAUUAUUUAAUUUAGAAUUUAGAAAAGAGAAUUUAACAUAUAAUUUAAAUAGUACCUGUAUUUUUAUUUGUUUCUUUAGAAGAAAACUAAUUCAGGGUUGCCACGCUUUAGCUCUGUUCAAAUUUCCUGACUUUUACAGGUUUUCCAGCUUAAAAACGGAAUUCCGGUUUUUUAAAACGAAAAUUAUUCGAAAACAUCAAUAACUCAUUUUUAAAUAAAUAUUUAAUAAUUAUUUUUUGUUAUACCAAAAUUAAGAUAUUCAAUAUAAGAAUAUUAU